CGAAAAGCGCUGAGGGGGCAAGCCCCUUCCCUCCGCCGUGGGUUCCUUCAGCGCGCGGAGCGCACCGGCGGCCACACAGAGACGCGUGAGCGGUGGCGGCGGCGGCGGUAGUCGGAGCGCGCGCUCUUCUCUCUUUUUCGCCGGGGCAACGCGCACGCCGCUGGCGGACCGCGCAUACAACGUCAACACUGCACGCGAGGCCGGCAGCGUGCGCCCGGGCUUGUGACAGCCGCUGUGCCGAGGAACCACGGUUUUGCGGGUGUCCGCCGCUGGUGUCCGGCCCAUGGAGAUCGUCGUGACGGAGUCGUCAGAUCGGCCGGAGCUGUGACCCUAGGCUCGCUUCUCGUUCAUUAUUUUACUUAAGUUUUCCCCCAACUUAAUUUUCCUUGCCUGAACGUUUCGGGGGCAGGACACCGGAAUCGUCGGCAUACGUAUUUUGUCUUCGUUUUCUUCUUAAUUCUUUUUUUUUUUUACUUUUGUUUUCUCGGGGGUGGCGAACCUUGGUCGGCCGCUUUAUCGUCAAGCGAUACCAAAAGGUGUGUCAUAUCAAAAGGUGUGCCAUCGGCGACCGGUCGUUACGGGGGUAUACGCGGCGCGACAGCACCAUCGUGCUUUGCUAUAUUCUUCCGACUGUUUGGCUGCUGAUCUCUGGCCGAAAGUGUGCGUCGAUAACUGAAUAGCGCGGGCGCCAGGCUACACUGCGCGUUCCCUUUGUGGACGGUCGUGGUUGAACGGUGCGAGCAUCUCUCUGUCAAGCGGGCAAUCGUCGCUGUGUCGACGGAGCAGCAGUUCAGUGACACAAGGGAAACGGCAAGCAACGUCAUGACGGGAGCGGCGGAUGACCAGCGCUGUUUGGAGGCGUCUCCUACCGGACUCCACCACGGCGUCUCCAGAGACGGUGUUUCUUCGCGUCUUGUGACAUGGUUGCUGGUGUCGGUGCUCUUUGUGCUGUGCGUAUUGGCCGCCGAGAACCGCGUCGACGCGAGACAUUUCACGGCGGACGAGCUGCUGCGGACCAAGUUUCCGAUGAGGGUCUCGGACGACCUAGACCUUGAUCCCUGCAAAUCAGAGCUCGUGAUGGGCGACAUAGCCAUGUCGCGGGAGACGUACCGACGGCGAAGCCGGCAGGCCAAGCUCGGGAUCGGCUUCAACAUUACGGACAGGGGCCCCAGGUUCCGCAGCAAACGGCGGCGACAUCGGCACCGGGAGCGCGCGGGCAAGAACCGCCGUCGAGUCCGCGCCGCCACUGCGAGGCCCGAGAGGCUCUGGGACCACGCCGUCAUCCCAUACGAGAUUGAGUCCAACUUCAGCGGGGACCACCGAGCGCUGUUCAAGCAGGCGAUGCGCCAUUGGGAGAACCACACGUGCAUCAAGUUCGUGGAGCGUGGGCCGGAGCACCAGCACUACAUCGUCUUCACCGAGAGGCCCUGCGGAUGCUGCUCGUUCGUCGGAAAGCGGGGCAACGGGGCACAGGCCAUUUCCAUCGGCAAGAACUGCGACAAGUUCGGCAUCGUGGUGCACGAGCUAGGCCACGUGGUCGGCUUCUGGCACGAGCACACGCGGCCUGACCGCGACCAACACGUCGACAUUGUCACCCGCAACAUCAUGACUGGACAGGAGUACAACUUCAACAAGCUCACCGACGAGGAGGUGAACUCAUUGGGCCUGGCGUACGACUUCGAGUCUAUCAUGCACUACGCGCGCAACACGUUUUCAAAGAGCACGCACCUGGACACCAUCCUGCCGCAGGAGAACGCCACCACGAGGCACCGGCCCGAGAUCGGCCAGCGCGUGCGCCUGUCGCCCGGCGACAUAUCGCAGACCAACAAGCUCUACAAGUGCCCACAGUGCGGCCGCACCAUGCAGGAGCCGAGCGGCCUGAUCGCGUCCCCGGAGCUGGUGAACAGCGUGACGCCGCCGGCCGAAGGCGAGCACUGCGAGUGGCGCAUCACGGCAACGCACGGCGAGCGCAUCGUGCUCAACGUCACCCAGCUGGACAUCUACGAGUCGGACAACUGCGAGACCGACUACGUCGAGGUGCGAGACGGCUACUGGCACAAGUCGCCGCUGCUCGGUCGGUACUGCGGCACGGGUCGCAUCCCGGAAAUGCUGCUAAGCACAGGGUACCGCAUGCUUAUCGUCUACCGGACGUCGAGCAACCAGAAUGGACACGUUGGCUUCCGGGCCUACUACGAAGCUGUGUGCGGCGGCGACGUCGUUAUGGAGGAGGGUGUCCUCCAGAGCCCCAACUACCCGGACGAUUACCGGCCGAACAAAGAGUGCGUCUGGAAGAUAACCGUGCCGGAAGACUACCAGGUGGCACUUAAGUUCCAGUCCUUCGAGGUGGAGAACCACGACAGCUGUGUGUACGACUAUCUGGAGGUUCGGGACGGCCACGAUGCGAGCAGUCCACUGCUUGGCAAGUUCUGUGGCUACCGGACGCCCGAUGACCUGCGAUCCACCACCAACCGCAUGCUCGUCAAGUUCGUCUCCGACGGAUCGGUCAACAAGGCCGGCUUCUCAGCCACAUUCAUGAAAGAGUUCGACGAGUGCCAGAACACACAGCAUGGCUGCGAACACGAGUGCGUCAACACCCUGGGCGGAUACCGCUGCGAGUGCAACAUCGGCUACGAGCUACACUCGGACGGCAAGAAGUGCGAAGACGCGUGCGGCGGCAUGAUCGAGGCAUCGAAUGGGACCAUCACGAGUCCAUCGUUUCCGGACCUGUACCCGUCCAACAAGAACUGCAUCUGGGAGAUCGUCGCCUCGCCCCAGUACCGCAUCACGCUCAACUUCACCCACUUUGACCUCGAAGGGAACAACCAAGACUGCGAGUACGACAAGGUGGACAUCCUCAGCAAGAUGGGCGACAACACGAUCCGGAAGCACGGGCUCUUCUGCGGCUCCUACCUGCCACCCAUCAUCACCUCCGAGGGCAACAGCCUGCGCAUCGAGUUCAGCUCGGACAACUCGGUCCAGAAGAGCGGCUUCGCGGCCGUCUUUCUCACGGACAAGGACGAGUGCGCGCACAACAACGGCGGCUGCCAGCACAUCUGCAAGAACACUGUGGGCAGCUACAUAUGCGCCUGCCAGAACGGCUUCGUGCUUCAUCCCAACAAGCACGACUGCAAAGAAGUGUCACUGGGGGCAGUGCUGCUCUAUUUUGCCAGCAUCACUAAUGCCAAAGCCAGUGUCGACAGGGGCUUGCCACUCUAUCCAAUGGUGUCAUACGUGACGCUUCUGCUCAUGUCACGUGACCCCGAGCUGUUGAAGUGA